AUGAGUGUUGAGCAACGGUCCUUGUACGGCUAUCCGCCGCCCCCAAGUGGCCAACAGCGGUCGAUUCAGGACUUUGUCAUCAUCUGCGAUAUCGGGCGCGGCGCGUACGGGCUCGUGAAGAAGGCCAAGCUGAAGGGCACAGAUGAAAAGCCGCACGGAAAGGAGUUCAUUAUCAAGUACAUCAUCAAGAGCCGAAUUCUUGCCGACUGCUGGAGACGACAUCGCGUCUUGGGGCCUAUCCCGAUCGAGAUACACCAAUCUGCUUCAAAUGAGGCAGCCACCGCGCAUCCAAAUCUUGCGCAGAUGCUAGAAUUUUUCGAAGACCACGAAUUCUACUACCUCGUCAUGCCUUGCUUUGGCAAAGGACAGGAUUUGUUCGACUUUGUGGAGGGCGCUCCGGACGGACUCGAUGCCCGUCACGUGCGCUGCAUCUGCGGCCAGGUGGCAGAUGGCUUGGCAUACCUGCACGCUCACAACAUCGUUCACCGCGAUAUCAAAGACGAGAACGUCAUCCUCGACGGUCGUGGGCACGCGCAGAUCAUCGACUUCGGCAGUGCGGCACACAUCAAGCCUGGACGCCUGUUCGACACGUUCAGCGGGACGCUCGACUAUGCCGCGGCCGAGAUCUUGCAAGGCGAAAAGUAUUCGGGUAAAGAGCAAGACGUCUGGGCUCUUGGUGUCGUGCUUUACGUUCUAAUGUGCGGCGAAUGCCCCUUCUGGAAUGGCGAAGAGGCCGUGGCCGGAUUGGCGUCCGGCUCGCGUGCCGCCCUGGCUUUGGAAGAACGCUGCAUGAUGGGCAACUGGGUGCAACAGCAGCAGCAGAACAGCGACUCCAGCGCCAACGCCGAUGCUGACCUCUGCGACACGGACGAGUGGCUGACACGGCGCAGUCCCUCGCGAAACGGGUCGGACGACGGGCAGGCGGACGGUGGCGGCAAGUUAAUCGACGCGGCCGAUCUGAUCCAUCGCUGUCUCUGCAUCGAGAAAGAGGACCGACCAACAGCCGCGCAGGUCUGCACGCAUCGAUUCUUGGCGGGGGACAAGGGCUGGCGAGGACCCCGCGGAUGGGAGCAUUUGCAAGUUUCUUAG